CGUUACGUUAACUUUUUAUUAUAUCGCUUUGGCUUUGGCGCGCCGACGCCGCGUCAACUAGAUAGGUCGACGAACCUGACGAGAUUAGAAUGCUGCUAAUUCGAUGAAAAGGUGGACCCCGUACAACGAGCGGGAUUAAUUCUAGUUAUGGAAGCUCUUCAUACUUCAGGGGAGCCAACCUUACACACAACCUACGGCGACAUCGCCGCUCCCCCCACCGCCACCACCAACCAGCAAUGGCAGCGUCGCUUCCUUUUCGCCAAUGCACUUCCGGGAACUUCAGGACAGCUGCCCUCGCCGCCGCCACAGCAGCGCCAACAAAAACAGCGCCAGCAGCGCCAGCAAAUGAUCCAUAGCAGUUGCGGCGGUUUAUCUUGGGACCGUUCCCACAGGCUCCAACCCCCGUGUCUCACCUCAGAGUCCCUCUGGCAGCACAGGCAUCACCCGCACGUGCCCCGCACGCAUGCAGAACCUCCACCAUGCCGCGGCGAGUGUGACGGCGGCGAGUGCGAUGGCGGCAGGUGCAAGGAGGGAGGAUCAACCCAAGAUGUUGAAGUUCCAUUCCUUGAGGUUUCUUGGCUGGGCAACUGGGAGCCGCCGCCGCAUGGUAUGCCGCAGUGGCGAUGCGCAAGUGGCGAUGCAGGCAGGAGCGGCGGCGGCGGCGGUGCCGUGGCUCCACAACGAUCUUUGAAACUGUACGCCUUGCCGACGGCCCUCGCCAGGCCGUCGCCUGCGGCAGCUCGCGCCCCGCCGCCGCCUUUCAAGGAUGAUGAUGACAAUCAUGCCAUCAGCGCCAACACGACCUCCGUCACUACGAACCACCGCCGCAUACCAGCACCAAAGCAGUGUGGGCCCCAAUGUAUCGAGUCAUCCAGAUAUUGUACUCACACGCCGCCCAUCCACGCCAUCCUGGGCGCCGCGGCCUUCCGGACGUCUCAGCGCGGCGAUUGCGACCCAUGGGUCACAGCCGCUUGUGGCAGUGACCCAUGGGUUGAAACCCGUGCCGGCGAUACAUGGGGUACAGCCGCGUCUGCCAAUGCAGCGGCGUACCCUGCCGCUGGGCAGGACGACGCUAGUCAGGGGUUUUCUGUGCCGUACCUGCAUGAACGGCAGCGCCAAUCGAAACGGCCGCGGCGGCAGCUGCAAGACCGGCUACAGCUACAGUCGCCAUCGCCAUCGCCAUCGCCAUCGUUGCGAAGUCGUGUUCCGGGGACGUCCAGCAGGGCGGCAGGGUGGAGUCGUCCAGGGGGGCCUGCGUGUGGGCCGACGCGGCGCUGGCGGAAUAAAGCCUUUACUCAGGAUGUUACGGAGUUGUCGGCGGUGGCCCUGGCGGGAUUUAGGGCCGCGACGGCGGCGGCGGAGGCGGCGGAGGCGGCGGUAGCGUCAGUCUUGGCACCGCUAGCUUCCGAGAGCUGCGAGCUGGCGGCGGUUGAAGCGCUGAUGGACAUGGCGGCCGGUUCCCGCGUUGCGCCUCGUUGUGCUGGCGCUGUACGGCCGCCGGACGUGGAAGACUGCAUAGUGAGUCCGCAGCGGCCUUGUCGCCUUGUCGAUCAGACAUAUCAGGAUUUCGAACCGGUGGACGAUGGCGAGACCGGCGCGUCCCCGCCGGCCCGCUUUGGAGGGAAAAGAACGAGGGGGUCAGCCGUGGCGGUGUCGGCGGCGGCAGCGGCGGCGGCGUAUUCCGGCGGUGAUGACGGCGACCGCCGGGACGCGGCCUACGGUAUUACAGCGGCGGCGACGGCGGCAGCCGCGUGUGGUGGGGUUCAUGUUGACGCGGCGGCGGCGCCGCCGCCAUCCUCGACGUCAACGUUGCCGACGCCGCCGCGGGGGCCGGACGGGCCGCAGCUUCUUCGGGGUGCAGGACCGCCGCAUCGGCUAUCAGGCCGCGACUCUCUAGAUGGCGGUGGAGGUGGCGGCAACAGAAUGACGUGGCAUUUGAAGCUGUACCCCAUGGCCUCGACUUGGGCUGCAGCGGCGGCGGCUGUUGAUUUUCCCAACCCCGGUGAUAACGGAUUGACUGGUGGAGGAGCUGCCAUAGCUGUUACAAGUAAUAUCAAUAAUAAGAAUAAGGAUAAUGAUGAGUUAUGUACUCUUGACAAUUCUGGAGCGCUGGUGCCGUACGGCGUCACCGCCCCUAGGAGCCUGCUCGUCCAGGACGAGAGAAGAGAGCCACCCAAAGAGCCCCACGGGUCAUUCCCAGACGACGCGGUGAUGAGAGCGGCGGCAUGGAAGUACGACAGCCAUGACCGGGCUCUACCGGUCGUAACGGUAUGGCUGCCGGAGGCGGCGGUGUCACUGUACGACGGCGACGGCGGCGGCCAUGGCGGCCAUGGUGCACAACGGGUGCUGGGGAUGCCGUCCCCUGAGGUGGAUGAAAACAACAACAGCAACAACAACGAUGACGGCAUGGCGACGGCGCCAGCAGCGGCAACGGCCCUCGAUCCGUCGCCACCGUGGCGUCGCAUCCCGGACGAGACGCCGUUGAGCAACCGAGGGCUGAGUGGGCCACCGCCGCACGUCGGCUGCGGACCCGUGGGUCGGUGGCGUCCCAGCUCCUUGGCGAAUACCGCCAGCGGGGGGUACCCGCGGCUGGGUCGGCUGGCACCCUGCAGCGGCGCGCAUGAGCCCCCGGGCGAGGGCGAGGGCGAGGGGAGAGGUGCGGGCCGAGGCGGGAGCGCGAAAGCGGAGCCCGUGACGACCAUGGCGACUUGGUGA